AACAGGGGCCCGCAGGGCACACUGGGCUGCUCAUUGGAUCGGACGGAGGUUGGAAGCUAUGCUCUGCGUCUGAGGGCGCACUCGGGAACCCACGUCCCUCUUCUUUCUGGAGCCCUGACGGAGGGAGGAUGAUGGAGAAGGACACAGCCACACACAGGAGGCACAGGCCGGGCCCCGGGGCCCCUCCAUCGGGGGUAGCCCCCAGACACCUCAAGGCGGCCAGCGAGAUGGUCGAGCUGCAGCGCAGCAGGAGCGUGGGUGGCCUGCUGCAGAAGGGGGACCCUCUGCGCUGCGUCAAGAAGCUGAGCAGGGAGCUGGAGUCCGAGGACCAGGGAAGAGACCUACAGAGUGACACUGAGGAUGCCAACUGUAAGGCAGACCCAGAGGAAGAGAAGCAGGAAAAGAAUCAGGACUCCCUCAGGAAGUUGGACCCUGAUGGUGGCUGGGCGGGGCCGGCGGAACCGGAGUUGGAGUCCAUAAAGCUGGAUGAGCCUUUGGGAAAAGAGAAACCAUCUGUGUUUGUGGAGAUUGAUCUGGGAGACCAUGCGGAGGAGGUGGUCACAGGCACCAUGAAAGAAGAGAAGCAGUCCCAGAUGGACAUGGGGGGUUCAUCAGAAGACGACAAGACCCGCUCUCCCCAUCCCAUCAGCCAACAGCUUGGCCAGACCGUGAAGUGGGAGGAGGCAGAGGACCAGGACCAGCUGGGUGUGCUGCAUCCCUUACUCCACCAGAAGGAAGGCCAAGGACAGUGUGUAACAGCUCUGGACGAGGGCCCCGAUGACCACCCAGGUGUGAGCCACUGACCCGCUGGGUGAGCAAUGACACCAUCUUUUAAAAAGACACAAUAAAGCAUGAACAGAA